AUCACCUCACGCCCAUUCCUUCAAUCCUCCUCCCUUCUCCGGUUCUACCCCCACAAAACCCUAACCCCUCCCCAUCCUCCCUCUCGUCGGCGCCGCGGCACCAUGACCCUCCUCGCCGCCAUCACCAGCGCCGCCGCCAGCCCCGCCGCCGGCGCGGGCGCCCACCCAGUCGUGCUCACCCCGGGCGCCGCGCCGCCGCAGCCGCCGCCGACCUCCUCCGGGCUCCCGACCCCGAUCCCGCCCUCCGCCUGGACGCUCGCCCCCGCCGACCCGGCCCUCGACCAGGCCGCCUCCUUCCUCGCGGCCUCCCUCGCCUCCUGCUCCUCCCUCCCGCGCCUCCGCGCCCUGCUCGCCUCCUUCGCCCCCGUCCUGGCCCGGUCCCUCUCCCUCCCGCCGCCGCCGCCUGCCCUCCCCGCCGCCAUCCGCGCCCUCGCGCCCUACUUCCCCGCCGCCCUCGCCUCCCUCGUCGCCUCCAAGGCGGCGAGCCUCGCGGAGUACGACGUCGUCUCCGCGCUCGCGGAGGCCCGCCGCCUCCCGCACCCGCCGCCGGACCUCGUCUCCACUCUCGCCGGCGACGACCGCGCCGACCUCGUCUGCUCCGUGCUCCGCCAGGCCGCCGACCUCCGCUCCUCCGAGAUCCUCGCCGCGCUCCGCUUCUUCCUCUCGCCGGGCACCCGUAAGGCCUACGACGCCAUGAUGCGCGUCAAGGGCCGGUGGAAGGACGCCGCGGUGCUCGCGGUCCAGAAGUGCCGGGAGAAGGGCCCCGGGCAGAAGACGAAGGUCGACGCCGCGGCAAGGCAGGCGGCGCUGCUUCUCAUGAUGGGGCACGACGGGUUCUCCUCCCCGGAGGUGUGCCUGCACUACCUGUUCGCGUCGGGGAAUGUGGAUUCCGUGGUGCUUGGAGCAGCUAUGGCCGAGCUUGAUGGCGGGGAGGUGGUCAGGCUCAUGAGGUACCUCAACAAGUGGAUUGGCAAGUACCGGAGGUUCCCAGAGGCACAGGCAUGCCCCGAGGCUGUGGGGAUGCUCGGAUUGGAGCAGUGUGACAGCGUUCCGUCGUUCGGAGCAGUGGCCAGGGCACUGGGAGUGUUGCUGGAUAAUCAUUUCUCCCAUCUUGUGUUGAGCAGUGAAGUGCGAGAGGAGUUGAUGGCUGCUGAGGUGAUGGUGAGGGAGCUAGCUGUGGAAGCGGAGUCAUCGGGACCAAUUCUGGACUUGCUGCGUAGGUUGCAGCAGGAUAAGCCUAAACACCUUUGCCAUGCAUUGUUCUCAAGGCGGUAAGGCGGACGCCUAGCAAGGUGGGGCGGCUGGACGCCUAGGCGAGCAAGGUGCAAAUCGGUGGGCGGCGCAUGGACGCCUAGGCGACGCCUUGAGAACAAUGUUGCCAUGGAUUGGUAAGUACUAAGAAAUGAUCGGGGCACAAAUGGAGCACAUUCAGGAUGUUUACCCAACCCCAAUAGGUAUCUGCUUGUACAUGACUUUUUGCUCACGAUGUGUCCUCAAUUCUUAGUCGCAUAUGAUAUCUUUGGUCCUCAACACCACCUUUGUUACAGUUCUCAGAAAUUUGGUCUUGUGUUGUUUCAGAAAACUGCUUUACAUUAUGGCAUCAACCUGAAUAACACGGUCCCCUGUUUGUUUAGUAUCUUCUUAAUUAUCUUCAUCUAGUCUGUGGUUUUUAAUGAUAGUCUGCUGGGUGCUGGCUUCCCCAUCAUCGGAGGCAACCGUGUAAACCUUGCAAUGUGUGAGAUAUGAGUAUAUGGGCUCGGGAAAUUGUUUCCGCUUUGUUGAA